UUUAGGUUAGGCGUCGCGUCAUUGCGGUUUCCAAUUGUUUUUCUCGUAUUAUGUAGUGUUAGUAGUCCAAAAUGAGUUCCCCGAGCAAGGAAACUGAGGAGCCGUCAUCGAGUUCCGCGGCCGUGCCGAAUGGGGCGGGCAGCGACGGCUGCAGCAGCGAAGAGAAGGCGGAGGGCCCGCGGCCGCCCGCCAAGCGACCGUUGUCGACGGCAGUGAUCGAGAUCUCGGACACGGACAGCGAUGACUCGGACGUGUGUGCCGUCAAAUCGUACCAGGCCACGGCCGACGAGGUGAAGCGUAUCCGCGGCGCAGACCAGGACUACUCUUCAUCAUCCUCCUCCUCCUCGGACUACAGCUCAGACUCUGAGUCUGCCUGGGAGGAUGACUCGGUCCUCAUUGAGAGUGAGCCCCCACCGGCUCGGCUUGUGUGUGCACAGCUCAACCCUAGAGCCCAUAGGAUGGAUGACCCUACGCUUAACCCUACUAUUAAGUCGCAAGAACUCAUAGACAAAUUUAAAACCCACUGGAUGGAGCAGAAAGAUUUGUCCACCACUGAACUAACUUUAACCUGCUCCCCGUUCCGGCUGGGGCUCCUCCACGGGCUGCUGGCCAACCCGGACAUGAUCAACAACAUUGUAGAUGAUAUGAACACACUGGACUGGUCCAGGAAGAAGAUGGACUUGUACGAGUUCCACCAGACUGCGGACCUGGCCAGCCUCACGUGGCAGCGGAGUAUCAGAGGCAUACACGAGCUGCUGAAAACUGAAGUUAUGAGUUGGGUAUCCGCAGUGACGGGUCUCGAACUAACCUCGGUGUCGGCGUCCUGUUCACUGUACGGUCCGGGCGACCACCUGUUAGUGCACGACGACCUCCUCGGGUCCCGGCGCGUCGCCUUCAUACUGUACCUGGCGCCGUGGACCUGCCCGCCUCAACGGGAUCAAAAUGGUGAUGAUCACGUGGACGUGGACAACGACACAGGUUGGAGCGCGCACAUGGGCGGAGCCCUAGAGUUACUAGCGCGCGACGAGGAGGGCCGCCCCACGGACGUGGCUCGGUCGGUUCUCCCUGCCAACAAUAUGCUGGCCUUCUUCCAAGUUGGCCCCGAGACCUUCCAUCAGGUGGGCGAGGUGUUGUCGCUGGAGCUGCCGCGGCUGUCCAUCAACGGCUGGUUCCACGGGCCCGCCGGCGCCGAGCCGCCCGCGCCGCCCGAGCCCGCACCCCCCGACCAGCACCGCCCGCACAGCGACCCGGUGGUGAUGCAGUCCAUGUUGGAGGCGACGUACAUGACGCCGCGCUCGCGCGCCGCCAUCCAGGCCCAGAUGGAGCGCCGCUCCGAGGUGUCUCUGCGGGAUCUGCUGCAGGUCGACUUCUACACGAGCUUACUGCACGCGUUACGACAACCAGACCUUCCGUGGGAGCGCGCGGGCCCGGGCAACGAGCGGCGCUACCUGCGCCUCCCCCCGCUGUGGGAGGACUCCCUGCCCCUCGAGCACCCCAUCCGGCAGCUGCUCAAGAUGGCGUCCGGCAACGCGUGGUUCCGCCUCCUCCACGACUGCACCGAUCUCACACUCACCAAGUACGAGAGGCUUGAGCUGCAGAAGUGGUCGCCGGGGGACUUUACUCUGCUGCCGCCGCGCUCGCAGUACGUGUCGCCGCGCCUGGAGGCCGUGCUGUACCUCGGGCUGCCGGCGCGGCCGCCGCGCGGCGCCGCCACCACGUACCUGGCGCCCGAGGAGCGCCCGGCGCCGGGCGCGGAGCCCGACGCGGCGCUCGUCACGGUGCCGCCCGUGUCCAACGCGCUCAGCCUGGUCUACUGCGACGCCGGCGCCGCCGGCUUCACUAAAUACCUCAGCAAGAUGACCAUGGCGCCCGCCGACCAUUUCUUCAUAUUGACGUGUACGUAUAGGGAGUGACGAACGUGUUACGACUGUCUCCGCGUGCGGGAGAGGCGUAGGUGUCUCGUUAUCGGUUGACUUUAGGGGUAGAAUGCGACGGGGCAAUUUUUAAGGCGUUUACGAAACGAAGCCGCCCGGUCUAAAACGUAUGAUUUCGUUCGCACGGUAGCUUAUUUUAGCCGUUCGCCGAUAUGGAGUCUGACUUCACGAUGGAUUGUUCGUCACUCGAAACGUUCACAUAGUUUUUAGAUACCGUUUACGAUCACACCUCGACGUGAAAAAAAUGAAAGCCGGAGAGAUUCGAAUCCAUUUUAUAAGUACGCGAUUACGUCGCUAAUUACAAAUAGUUUAUGUCUUAAAAUGGCGAAAACGUUGUUGGAUUUGCGUCUCUUUGGUUCUCCAUAGUUUGAUAUACAUCGACAUUAGUAGAAGACGUGCAUUAGCAUAAGAUUCAUCUUCGCAUACCGCGAGAGUUUCGUUAUGAUGUAACGUUCAAAAGUUACCAAUUCAUUUCGCAUCGACUGUCCGCGGCUUGUCAUCUCACUCCCACUUUACUAUUUAGAAAAGGAUAGCUGUGACGGUCGCGGUUAGUUUGGCUAGUCUUUCAUACACAAAGAAAAUAGAUGUGCGUAUUUUUGUAAUAAAUUGUAGAUUGUUAUAUAAGGGUUGAAAGUAACUAGUACACAAGCGAGCGAGUGCGUUUAUAGUUAGACGGAUCUACUAUAUAAUCGUAAGGAAAUUCGCAAAACAUAUUUUCAUCCCUUUACAGAGACAUGAGAACAGAUCGAUAACUUACUCUUUAGGAAUGAAAAUAAUUUUCUGAAUAGGUAUGUAAUUUUAGAUUUUCACAAAAGAGAUGAAAAUAUAUUAUGUUAUGUGGGUGGCUGAACACUGGGUCUAUACCACAUUGUGUAGGUGACCUAGUGUGAACGAGCCCAUAUUGUAAAUAGUAGCGACGUAGCGAGAUGCAAUGAGUUAGUUUUAAUGCGGUUGUUGAGUUUGUGGUUCUGGUCUGGUCAUUAGUUGACAUGCCAAAGGCCUACAGUACAGUAGAUAUUUCUUUACACUUGUAUAGAUUUUACGUCAUGCGUUAAAAGUAGUGUCCGACCGAAACCGGAUUUUUUGCCGAUACAUGAUUGUUAUUCUGAAACUGAAAUGCAACUUCGGUCGCCGAAAAAGCCGUGUUUGAUAUUCUUCAGUUUAGAUUCGCUCGCAUUUUAUCUCAGUAUGUUGAAAUGAGCCAUGCAUCGCGAAACUUAUUAGUCUGUAUAAUGAAUUUGGUUUCGUACUGCGCACAGUAUAUUUAAUGAAAUAAAACUACAUGGAGUUUUUAAAUACAAUUUUAUAUUAUUGUAAUGUCACCUUUAUGUUAAUUGGGUUAUCAGUACUUUGAAGUAAUAUUCUACACAUGUGCACAUUCAUAAAAAUACCUAUGGCGGAGCAUAAUACAUGCUAUAAAAUACACUCAAGAAUUAAUAGACCCAUUUUAAUUGAUUUUGAGUGUAUGUAUUCCAUAAUUUCAUAUUUCAAUCCAGUGCUCGAGAAAACUUUUAAUAUGUGAUAUAUUCAGCACUCUAUUAAACUCCCUUAUAAUUGGCACGCCACUUCCGUCAGUAGAUAAAGGCGACAAUUUAAAAAAAUAUAGGCGUGAAUAGUUUUAGAAAAUUUGAAUUCGCCUUUUUCCACUGACAAAGUAGGUUUGGCAGAGUAUAUUUGUGUGCUACUCUGCAGCGGCGCCACCAUAAUGAAUACCAAUGAAUUAUAUGGUGAAAUGAUGUACCUAAAAGGUACAUCAUGUACAUAUAAUGUUUAUGGCUGUACCUGUGAUAGGAAACGAAAUAAUCGGCAUUGAAAGUGGCGCCGCUGGGGAGCAUACUCCCCAGCGGCGCCACACAGUACUCAUAGAUAGAAAUGGUAUUAGCUAUUGUUUUCUUAUGUAAAUUGAUGUACUAAUGCUGUUUAUUACGUACCUAUUGAAAAAAAGAAUUAUUUUGCAUUGAUUAGUGAUUUUAUUUACAUUUUAAUUCCGCAUUCCGCCUAAACGGUAUGAGUUGUAAGAG